AUGGCUGGUAACUCGCUAGACAUCAAGGGGGACCUCUGCAACUAUCUCCAGGUUAUCGACAGUGGCAAAUUUGCAACCUCUGGGCCACUGAAUGGUGCCAGUAAUCCAGGCUUGUUCGUCAAGGGAAUCGGAAAAGUUGGGCUUCCACUCUCUGAACGAGACGCUGCAGACCUCAGUCGUGCAAGCCAUGAGGCGCCUUUUGGCAAAGGCAGUGAGACCUUUGUUGAUCCGACAGUACGCAAGACAUUGGAGCUGAAUUCUAGCCAAUUCGAGCUGCGUAAUCCCGCCUGGCCAUCGACACUACACGAGGUUGUUGGGAAAGUCGCUCAGGAACUUGGCGUCGUUGAUGGCGCUUCCAGUAUUCGUGCUGAGUUGUACAAGUUGCUGCUGUAUGAACCAGGUGCGUUCUUCAACAAACACAGAGAUACCGAAAAAGCCCCAGGGAUGUUCGCCACUCUUGUGAUCGCACUACCUUCUGAGCAUACUGUUGGCCGUGUCAUUGUUCAACUCAGAGACGAGGAGCAGACCCUUGAAACGCAGGGUCUAUGUGAUUUUGGCUGCGCUUACCUUGCCUGGUACGCUGACGUGAAUCACUCUGUGUCGAAAGUAGAGUCUGGGUAUCGACUCGUCUUGACGUACAACUUGAUACACCAAGCAUCCGGUUCGAGCCGAGUAGCUUCAAUCUUGAGCGAUCACAAGCAGAACCUGAACAAGGUCUUGGCACUUUGGAGCAAGCAAGAUCGCGAGAUCAAGUCUCAUUCUGACUAUGUCUACGAAAAGAUGGUGUACAUACUCGAGCAUGAGUACUCCGAAGCCAACAUCUGUCUCGACCAUCUCAAAGGAAAAGAUCAACUUCGAACCCGCUACUUGUCGGAAGCUUGUCAAGAUCAAGGCUUCUGUCUCUUCUUCGCGCAGUUUGAGUACAGUCAGUCUGGAACUGUCGACGAAAACGAGGAUGAUCCCGAUUGGGCAGAUCACCUAAACGAUGCGGACUAUCAUGAAUUUCUCAAUGAACUUGAAUCAAAUUGGAAACUCCUGACUGUCUUCCAGUCUGAUGGCCAGCAAUUAGCAGAGGAUAUCGAUUUGGAAGAAGAAGAAAUCCUCGAGAAUGCCGACUUCUCGGGUAUUGAACCGGAUGAGGAGGAAUGUGAUGGCUUGACUGGCAAUGAGGGAUGCACUGCCACGCAUUUCUAUCACAGGACUUGCGCUGUGAUACUUCCCAGGACUCGCCGUCUUAACUUUGUGUCAGUUGCUAGGGAAAUCAAUGUUAGAGAGUAUAUAGCCACGCUUCUAAGUGAGAUGCAAGAUGAGGCGUUGUCCAUUGCGUCACGAGAGGAACUGAAGAAGUUCUGUGAGAUGGUUAUCGAUGCGAAGAAGACGCCGCAAAAGCCGCAAAAAGGAUCUGUGGAGGAUUCCUACAGCUUCAGUUGGCGUAAGGAAGAAUCCGAAAUCAAGGGUCUCUCACGUGUUUCUGACGAGGAGCUGGCUUUCGUUGGUGAGGCUACUUUGAGGCUCAAUAGGCCAGAUCUACUAGAAGAGGUCGCGAGGGUGGCAUCGCGAAUGCUGCCUCUCGACCUCUUUCCGAAGCUGGGUAAAGGUCUCACUGAUCGCGAUGUAAGCCUUUGGCAGAAUGGAAUAAAAAUGGCGAUACUCCGCAUUCCCAGCAUCUCCGAACGUAUGAGGGCCGUGGAGCUGUUCAUCAGCAGCUACCGAGGGGCUACGGGGACCACUGCUGCUGCUAUGCACAACAUGCAGGACAUUGAGCGUGAAAUGGCCAUGAGCAUGACGGCGACAGAGAGUGAGACGAUCGUCGUGACGGCGGCUGAUGCUCAGACCCUGAUACAAUUCUCUAAAGAAUAUGGCGAAAACUACACGUUUCAAGUGGUCCUUCCACUGGUCAAGAAACACACCUCUAAUAUAGAAUUCAUUGUUGCAUUCCUAACAGGGCUUUUUCGAGCCAGCGAGGCCGAUAAGCUUCGCCUUGAGAUCGUCCAGAACCUCUUCCAAGACAUUCUUGGCGAUGUGAUUUCAGACCUCCAACUUCAGUACCGAGAAGUUGGACACGAACAGCUGCUGAAUGAGUUCGCUAAACGGAGGCGCUUCGAUUACAAUGGGCACGUAUUUCAGGCCGCGGAAGACCAAAUCCCGAGAGCCAUGACCGCAGAGAAACUGGCGAGUCUAUUUCACAGCUGUGAAAAGCUGGGUCUCUCUCGUGAAAUCGAUCAGCUCGCCGAUAAAAUUAUCUCGCAUGCUCCCAACGCGAAUACCGUGACUUUCGAGCGUGUUCUUCUACAACUAAUUAAACAGCUUCCGCCGCCCGUCGAAGGAGCAUCCAAGAUCGCAAACCCUCACAGCUAUACGCGUCUCUUUCGCACAGUUCUCUCGUCCUACAUCAACACCUACGUCCAACCCGCCCCCCAAAAGCCUACAGGCUUGGAGCGCCAACCUCGUGGCUGUAGCCUCUAUUGCGAUGACUGUGUAAAGCUCGACGCCUUUCUUAAUAAUCAACAAAGGGCCCAAGUGCACUUCUCGCUCAAUGGCAAGCGUCGCGAUCACAUAGAAGAGCGCUUGAGACAAAGUUAUUGCAGCACGGAAACCAUAAAGCAUCGGACGCCAUACACUCUCGUUGUGAAAAAGACGGGGAUGGAGUGGGAGAAUGCGAUGAAGGAAUGGAAGCAGAGAUGUGAGGUUGCAUGGAAGACUGUUGAGGAGAUCGGAAUUGAAAAGUUGAAAGGGUUGCUUGGGGAGGGAUGGGAGGAUGUUGUGGGGUUCGGAGGUAUCAUGCCGGAUGGUAGGGAAGAGAGCGGUGAGAGACGCCCUUUUGGCAAUCUGGCGCAGGGGAAGGGAACAAGUGGUGCGGUGGAGACAGGGGCGAACAAGGUAGCGGGGCAUGUUGGGCCUGAGAUCAUUGAUCUGGAUUGUGAGUAA